CCGAUUCCAACAAGAAUAACCCAAACACAGUCUCUUCCAAAUUCCAAUUCAAUUCUUGAGUUUCUGAGAUCAAUGGAUAAAGUGAACUUGAAUUCGAACUGGGUCAGAGGGAGUUGUAUAGGCAGAGGCUCGUUCGGAACUGUGAAUCUCGCCGUCAAGAACUCGAACGGUGCUGGUGAGGUUUUCGCCGUCAAGUCCGUUAAUCAGAGCUCGUGUUUGUCUUCUCAGCUUGAGGCUCUGGAUAACGAAAUUCGAAUUCUCCAAUCACUUUCCUCACCUUACGUGGUGAAGUAUCUCGGCGACGACGUCACAUGUGAGUCCCCCACGACGUCGUAUCGAAACUUACAUAUAGAGUACUUGCCAGGUGGCACCCUCGCCGACAUCGCGAAACGUUCCGGUGCUGACGUGGACGAAAGAAUUGCUGCGAGCUACACCUGGUGCAUCGUGUCGGCGCUGGGGUACGUUCACUCCAAGGGCAUCGUGCAUUGCGACGUCAAAGGCAAGAAUGUAUUAGUGGGACCCACACACAGCACCGCCAAGCUCGCCGAUUUCGGGUCGGCGACGGAAUCGACGGAUGUGAUUUCACCACGUGGGAGUCCUCUGUGGAUGGCGCCGGAGGUGAUUCGACGGGAGUACCAGGGGACAGAGUCCGACGUGUGGUCGUUGGGGUGCACGGUGAUCGAGAUGAUCACCGGCCGGCCGGCUUGGGAGGACUGGGGAGCGGACACGCUGUGCAGAAUUGGAUAUUCCGACGAGUUGCCGGAGUUUCCAACUCAGCUCUCAGAGCAGGGACGAGACUUUCUUGAGAAGUGUUUGAGAAGAGACCCAAGUGAAAGGUGGAGCUGCGAUCAGCUGCUAGAGCAUCCAUUUAUAUCAAUAUCUUACCCACCCGCCAUGAUCACUGAUUCUUCUCCUCGUUGCGUGCUAGAUUGGUUCAGUUCAGAGCUGUCGCACGAAGACGAUGAGGAAAUUUGUUAUAGUUUUGACAAUUUAGAUGGUAAAGCGAGAAAGAGAAUUGGGGAAUUGGCGUCGAAGACAGGGGCAAAUUGGGAAUCAGAUGGAUGGACGGCGGUGAGGGGUUUGACCAGUGCGACAGAGGAAGUUUCAGAUGCGUGUUGUUGCGAAGAAGAAGGAGAGGGGACAAGUUCGACAUAUUUGGAUUCGAUUAGAACGGAGGAGGAAAUUUUUGGGGCCAGUUUGGAAUAUUUGAAUUCUACUGGGGUUGUUGAAGUAAAUUUAAAUGGAAGGACAAAUAUGGAACAUUCUGAUUCUGAUAGCAGUCUUUUAAUGGAGACACUAGAGUAUUACUACUACGACGUCGUUUCAAAGUGGAAUGGGCGUCGGUUCGGCGGGGUUGAAGCUGGUUCAAGCUGUCAGUAUGGUUCUAUAGAUUGGGAUUGGGUAGUGGAGAGCAGAGGAGUGGGCUCUUACAGCUAUAGUAGAUUAUUAUUAAUGCAUUUUUUCUUGAAUAAUUACGAUUGUACCAUUUUUUUGGGCAUAGAUCUAAUGUUGUACCUGUUAUGUUGGACAUCCACUUGUGCCUUUGACCUAUAUUUAUUUUAUUACUUUACUAUUUAUUGUUUGUAUCUAAAGCGUAAAGACACGGGGUAA